GGCUUAAUCUUACCUUGAACUUGGUCGCGAGCAGAUCGAAGUGGCAGCACAACAUAGAUAAUAGAUAGACAUACUAUACAGGUGGCAGUGCAUCCGACAGAUACGAUCGGUGUUUCGAUUCGGGGUUUUUCGAUUCAAGAGUGAAAAGAAUUCUUAAUAAAAAAUGGAACAAAGCGCCGUUGUUGUCGUGCGUGGCGAUAAGUGUACAUAAAUCAAUUGUGAGAGUUGACUUUUGUUUCUUAGAGACUUCUUGAUUUCGACUAACGGUGUGUGCCAAGUAUAUAUAUCAAAAACUACACAUAUAUAUAUAAAUAUUUACCAACGGAGAGGAGUAAUCACCAUGGACUGGCAGCCUUCCAUUAUAGCAGGCCUCGUGCUGCUGAUCUGUCUAAUCCUGCCAUCUGAAAUGUAUCUGACGGAUGCCUGGAGUUUGCCAGUUCGCGACUCAGCAUCUACACCUGUUGGCCGACAAUUAAACGAAGUCUCACCUUAUCUGGACCUGGCCUUGUGCCCAAUUAGAGCCGAACCUUGGACGUGUGCCCGCCAACAGUCCGGCAGGAUACUGGAUGUCUGGGAUGGAGAGCUCAAUGUUCAGUGGCAGAAACUAAAGGUUGAGGCCGAUCGGCAGAUGAAUGCAACGAUCGAACGGAGGGGAUAUAGUGCUUCGGAGCUGCCCGUGAAAGAGAAGCCAUCGUCUCUAUUGAAGAAAAUCGAAAUCGGCACGAAAUAUAUGAAGAAAUACCUGGCCGAAUCAAUGGAUGGCUUCCUAGGCCGCGAAUACGAGUAUCUGCAGACACCGAAGGCAGCUGAGGAUGAGAGUGAAACCGCCGAAGACGACGACGAUGAUGAUGAUGAUGAAGAAGCGGAUGCUACGGAUGCCGAUACCAGUGAUGCCGCCGAGGAGGCUGCCGAUGAUGAGGAUGCUGCUGGGGAGGAUGCCGAGGAUGAGGACAACGAUGAGGAUGAGGAAGACGACGAUGAAGCCUCGGAUAGCACGGGGGAACAUGAGCCCGAGGCUGAGGCUGACACUGACACUGAAACUGAUGCCGAAGAUGAGGAGGUGGAGGAGGCGGCCUCCAAUGCUCAGCCGGAAAGUGAAAAUGGAAACACGCCAAGUGUGUUUAGCGGUCAACCGGCUAUCCAAAGUGAAAAUGAUGGCAAGAAUACCAUUAUCGGCGAAGAUAGUACAGGUGUAGAAUUCAUAGAACUACAAGAUACGGAUCAAGAUGCUGCGGGUGCACUGAAGAAACCCGGUGGUGGCAAGCGCAAGAAGAACAAGAAGGGCAACAAGAAGCGGAAGAAGAACAAGAAGGGUCAGGGCCAUGAAACCCAGCCAGCCACUCUGGUGGUCGUCCAGGCCGCUCCAGAGCACCAUGAAGCGGACUUCGGCCAUGAAAGCGAACCGGCAGUGAUCAGUCAUGGCGGAGCAGGAUCCGAGGACUCUGUGGUGUCCAGUACAGGACCCCUGAAGCAGAAGAAGAAGCUGCGGAAACAGCGCAAGCAGAAACGGAAGCAAAUGAAGGGGAUGCGGAAACGGAAGGGUCAGCACGGAUCCGGUGGUGUGGAGCAUGAACAGAGCGACCUGAGCCUGGGAUUGGGUCUGCUGGACGACCUGGCCGAUGCGGACGAUCUGCUGUCCAGCGGCGGAGGAAAGCGAAAGCACAGGAAUCCAAUUAAUUAUGGUAGAAGUAACGGAGUGACCCGCGGCAAGAAGAAGAAGAAGAAGAAGGCCUUGGCCAAAAUCAUGCUGAUUGGCAGCAUCCUGAAGGCCAAGAUCGAGUUGCUGUUGAAGAUUUUGGGAGCUCACCUGCAGGUGAAAUUCUUUGCCAUAGCUCUUAUAGGGCUUCUCAUAAAUAUUGCCCGAUUCUGGAUCGAUGUGAAGCGCGGUAGUCCGCCGUCCAAGGUUGUAUACGUUGAACAUGCCCACCAUCAGCACCACUACGAGGACCAUGGCGACGACUGGAGCGAGCAGGGCAGCUACUGGAAGCGCUCCCUCCAAACGGAUCCAUCUGUCGAGGAUGUCGACUCCUCCACGGACAGCUACCAGGUGCGUCCCCAGCCGCAGACAGCCCAGGACCCCCACUAUCUGGCGUAUCGCAAUCAGUACCAGUGGCAAUAGGACAUCAUCCAUUGACCACACUCCCAUCCACCACCUGAGCCCUGUCCUCCUCCUUCGACGGAGACAGAUCCUACCCAGAGCCUCAUUUAUUGUAUU